AGAAGUGGGGAUAGAACAGCUCCUUUUAGCUCGCAGUCCCGGAGCCGACUGAGCUGGACUGAUGGAUCGAACCUCGUUAUAUAAAUAUUCGUUGAAGGCUGGUCAGGAGUGGAGAGAAGAAAUUUCGCAACCAAAACAAAAACAAAUGUUAGUAUCAAAGAAUAAAUCAUUGUGUUCUCAUAGACGAUUAAGUCAAGGAUCUGAUUUACGUUAAUUACAAUAUUGAACUAUAAACCAAUAAAAUUUUAAGAUAUUAAUAUAUGCCUCUAAAUCUACGAGUCGAUACGUUUGUAAACAAAGCAAAGUCAAGGAGGCAUCAAGUAGUUAGUUGUUGAGGAGUGGGGAGCCCCUUUCAACUCGGUAUUCCAGAACUAACUUGGCUGGACUGCCGCUCGAGGGAUCCUUAUAUACCCUUCGUCGAAGGCUGGUCAGUGGUGGGGGAGCCGAAAGCUCUUUCCAACUUGCGUUCCCAGAGCCGACUGAGCUGGACUGACGCUCCAGGGCGCCUAAUAUAUACCCUUCGGCAAAGGCUGGUCAGUGGUGGGGGGAGCGGGUAGCUCUUUUUAACUUACGGUCCCAUUAGAGCCGGCUAUAUUUUUUAUACAGACAAGUUACGUGCCUCAGCUUAUGUGAUUGCGACAUUAAAUCAGCAAAUUGGAAUAAUUAAAAAAUUCUUUACCCCCUUCCCCAUAGUAAGGGCAAAAACCUUUUUUAUUUAUGAAUUUUCGUUUUUUUCAUUUCUUGACUAAGACACGUGGGGUAUUUUUUCGUCUUAUUACAUAUAUGGAUUUUCGAAAUUACUAAUAACUAAAGUGCAAAAUCUACACGAAAUCUUCUAUUAUAUAUACUUACGCUUUCUGUCUCUGUCGCUCCCGCGGGUUCAUCAUAUUGCAUCAUCGUCGAUAUAGGCAAGAUGCGCCGCUCGGUCUGCGCACAUGUAGAUCGUCGUCGACAACAUGUCGUGCAUCAGCGAGCUCGUUGUUUCUCGCUCGCUGAUCUGACAUCUAAUACUUAGAUAUAUUCCGGGAAUAGUCAUGCCCUCCUGUCUGGAAACGUGACCAUGAAGCCAAGAUUCGGUGCUUCAGGAACAUCAUCAGAGUCCUAACAUCAUGGCCGUGUCGCACACCCUUGGAAUGGGUGAGAUCGUCCACCUCAAUGUUGGCGGUACGAGGUUUUCGACCUCUCGUCAAACUCUGUCAUGGAUCCCUGACUCAUUCUUUACUGCAUUGCUGAGUAAUCGCAUUGCUAGUAGAAGAGAUGAGAAUGGAGCGCUGUUUAUCGACAGAGAUCCAAAGAUUUUUUCAGUCAUUCUCAACUAUCUGCGAACUAAAGAUAUUGAUCUGAAAAGUGUAAAUAUUCGCACGUUAAGGCAUGAAGCUGAGUAUUAUGGCAUAACUCCACUGGUUAAAAGACUGAUGCUCUGUGAAGAUUUAUCCCAAUCUUCAUGUGGGGAUGUUUUGUUUUAUGGUUAUUUGCCACCUCCAAACAUUCCACUGCAAGAGCCUACUAGCGUAUCUGCGAGUAUUAGUGAUGUGUCUGUACAUGGUAGACCAUCAGGAGCUACUUCAACGCCUCCUCCUAGAGCUGAAACGCCAUCAACAUCGCAACCUACAGCUAAUGCUAAUAAUUCUCCUGCUCAAGCUUCGAAUUCCAAUAAUUAUCGAGUCCCACCAAGGGGACAUCCUCAUUCUCGCACACCAUCCCUUGAUCUUAGGCAUGUUAGAAAUAGUUCAGCAGACUUGAAUAAGUUAUUUAAAAACGAUAUAGGGCUGGUAUUUAGUCCACAAACUGUUUCAGGAUGGGCAGAUCCUCUAAGAGUUCAAAUAAUCAAAGCCCAUCACAAUUGGAUCGCGAUAGCGUAUGCACAUUUUAUAACUUGUUACCGACUAAAGGAUUCAUCUGGUUGGCAACACGUAUUUACCAGUCCACACGUUGAAUCUGUGAUCGAACGAGUCGCAAUAAACGCAAAAAUGGGCAUCGGUGCUGAUGGCAAAAUGGUGGCUAUUUCCUAUGGCAGUCAAGUAAGACUGUGGUGUGUCACUGAAGAUGGAAUAAAAACGAAUAUCGGUACAUUUAAUUUAAAUGUAAGGGUGGAGUAUUUGUUUUUCAUUGGCAGUCAGUUAGUAGCAUUGUCACCGACCGGCAAAAUUGGAGUUUGGCAUGCAAUGACUCAUCACUGGCAGAUUCAAGAUGUAGUAUCAAUAUCAUCUUUUGAUACUGCAGGAUCUUUCCUGUUACUUGGAUGCAAUAAUGGAUCCAUCAACUACAUUGAUAUGCAGAAAUUUCCACUCAGGAUGAAGGACAAUGAUUUGUUGGUAACUCAACUGUACAGAGAUCCAAGUCACGAUCCCAUUACAGCUAUAUCAGUGUACUUAACACCAAAAACAACACAAGGUCUUUGCGGGAAUUGGAUUGAGAUAGCUUAUGGUACAAAGUCAGGAAGUGUGAGAGUGAUUGUGCAGCAUCCGGAAACAGUCGGUCAUGGGCCUCAACUUUUCCAGACGUUUACUGUGCAUCAGAGCAGCGUCACCAAGGUAACGCUAUCCGAAAAAUAUUUAGUAUCAGUAUGCUCGGAGUACAAUCACGUGAGGAGUUGGGCUGUCACGCGAUUCCGAGGCAUGAUAUCCACACAGCCUGGUUCGACGCCCGAGGCCAGCUUCAAAAUUGUUUCUCUAGAUGCCGUCGAACCGUGUAUUAGCUAUAACGCUGGAAACGAUUUCGGACCCUUCGGCGAGCAAGACGACGAACAGGUGUUCGUGCAAAAAGUAGUCCCUGAAACGGACCAGCUAUUUGUGCGACUAGCCUCGAACGGCAAACGUGUCUGCGUGAUACAGUCGAUAGACGGAAGCGUGAUCACAUCAUUUUGCGUGCAUGAGUGCGAGGGCUCUAGUCGCAUGGGCUCACGACCGAGACGGUUCAUAUUUACGGGACACUCGAACGGCGCUAUCCAGAUGUGGGAUCUCACGACAGCACUCGAUCCGUCCUUUUGUGCGUUGUCAGCCAAAGAAUUCUCUGGAGGACCCACACCGGAGGAACUGUGGAAAUUGCUGGAUCAAUGUGAUUUGAGUAACAGCCACUGUUCAACGCCGUGCAUCAGUCCGUCUCCGUCUUUGAUUGCAUCUGGGCCACGAAUAAAGGCGAGCAACGUCUUAUUUUUAAACCAAUCGCAAAAUUCGAGUUCAUCAGCAGGACCAAGCCAAUCUUAAAAAGAGACAUUUGCAUUUAUUUCUCUGCGUUUAUUUUUAUAUGUACAUAGGAACGUAAGUUUGAUGUUUUAAGACUUUUACAUUGCUGUCGACUGUCGAGUUUACAGUUAGGUAUAAUCGACAAAUUACAUAAAAUUUUGUCGAGGGAUGAAUAAUUAUUCCUAAAUAUCGUUAUGUUUGAAAAAGGUUCGAGCUUUAUGAAAUCGCAUUAUUGUUAUAACAAUAAUUAUCACUGUGAUCUAAAUCAGUAAUACUGUUUAAUGGGACUUUCAAUAUUAAGUAAUCUCUUUGUAAAUGAUAUCGAAUACAACAAUUGUCAAAGUAAAUACUUCCAAA